AUGAAGACUUCCAAGGCACAAGAGACCGAAGGGCAACACUCCAGGGCCGCUGCAGGACGGGCCACUGGGACUGCAAACUUGACCAAAAAGAAAGCUGCUCAGAAGAGGCAGAGGGGCAGGCCUUCAUCCCAGUCGCGCAGGAACAUUGUGGGCUGCAGAAUCUCCCAUGGAUGGAAGGAGGGAAAUGAGGCCAUCACCCAGUGGAAAGGAACGGUUCUGGAUCAGGUGCCUAUAAAUCCUUCUCUUUAUCUGGUGAAAUAUGACGGAGUUGACUGUGUCUAUGGACUGGAACUUCACAGAGAUGAAAGAGUUUUGUCCCUUAAAAUUCUUUCCGACAGGGUGGCGUCAUCCCAAGUCGGUGAUGCCAGCCUCGCAGAUACCAUAAUUGGCAAAGCAGUGGAGCACAUGUUUGAGGGUGAGCAUGGCUCUAAGGAUCAAUGGAGGGGGAUGGUCCUAGCCCAAGCACCUAUCAUGAAGGCCUGGUUUUACAUUACCUAUGAGAAGGAUCCUGUCCUGUACAUGUACCAGCUUCUGGAUGAUUAUAAAGAUGGCGACCUCCGUAUUAUGCCAGAGUCCGAUGAGUCUCCUCCAGCAGAGAGGGGGCCAGGAGGAGUUGUCGAUGGCCUGAUAGGCAAACAUGUAGAAUACACCAAAGAAGACGGCUCCAAAAGAAUCGGCAUGGUCAUUCACCAGGUGGAAGCCAAACCCUCUGUGUACUUCAUCAAGUUUGACGAUGAUUUUCAUAUCUAUGUCUAUGACUUGGUAAAAAAGUCCUAACUGUUUGGGAAAACUUUGCCCCAACUGUGGAA